AUGGCCUUUAUUCUAAGAAAAUGCGUAAAAAUAGUGAAAAGUGGUCUACCCAUUAGAAAUGUAAGAGAUUUAACAUCCAGAAAGACUAUUUUAGGAAUAGAAACAUCCUGCGAUGAUACAGGGUGCGCAGUUGUUAACAGCAAUGGAGUCAUUCUAGGAGAAUCUCUGUAUUCUCAAAAUUUAAUACAUGUACGAUAUGGUGGAGUGAAUCCUUUAGUGGCAUAUGAAUUGCAUCGUAACAAUAUAGAACUAGCUGUGAAGGAAGCUUUAGAUAAAUCAUCAAUAAAAAUUGAAAAUGUUGAUGCCAUAGCAGUGACAACCCAACCUGGAAUGCUAAUUAACUUGAAAGUUGGGGUCAAAUAUGCCAAAUAUUUAGCUAAACUAAGUGGCAAGCCAUUAAUACCGAUACAUCACAUGGAAGCCCAUGCUUUAGCCGCUAGAAUGUAUGAGGAGAUUCCAUUCCCAUUUUUGGUUUUAUUAAUAUCUGGUGGACACUGCCUUCUAGCUCUAGUAAGAGAUGUUGAUGAUUAUCUUCUUCUUGGUAAAUCCUUAGAUAACCCUCCAGGCGAGAUCAUGGACAAAGUGGCUAGAAGAAUGAAGCUAAAAAAUAUUGCUGAAUAUUCUAAAGUAGCUGGUGGUAGAGCUAUAGAAUUGGCAGCAUUGAAAGCAAAAGAUAUGAAUUCAUUUGAAUUUCCGUUGCCUAUAGUGAAAUCUAGGGAUUGCAAUUUUAGCUUUAGUGGAUUAAAAGACUCUGUUAUAAGAAAAUUACUCAAAAAAGAGUCCGAACAUGGUGUGAUGGGUGAUGAAAUCAUACCUGAAGUCCAUGAAUUAUGUGCCUCAUUUCAAUGUGCUAUAGCUGAACAUUUAGCUCACAGAACUGAAAGGGCUGUAGUUUUUUGUGAGCAAAAGAAACUUAUAACUGAACCAAAUAGGAAUAUUGUAGUUUCUGGGGGUGUAGCUUGCAAUAACUUUAUAUUUAAAGCUAUUGAAGUUAUUGGAACCAAAAUGGGAUAUAAUGUUUUUCGUCCGCCUCCAAAAUUAUGUACUGAUAAUGGUAUCAUGAUUGCUUGGAAUGGUAUUGAGAAAUUGAAGAAAAAAUCCAUUUUAGUUACAAAUAUAGAUGAUAAAGAUAUUCAUCCUGUAGCUCCAUUAGGCAAAAGUUAUAUUGAUGAAGUGGUUAAAUCUAAUAUACCUGUUAAAGUUACUAGAAUAAAUAAAUACUUGAAAUUGUAG